UCGCAAUCGCAAGAAAUCGGUGAGCACGUACUAAUCGGUAAGCAAGAAGAAAAGACUAACAAGUCGUUUUUCGGCGGGACACUUGAAGUGACAUCCAAAAUUAUACGAGAAGUCUUCACUAUAUCACGUCCGGCGAACACUCCUGAUUCGAUUUUCCUCUCGUCUUCCUCAUAGUUUAUAGUUAUGAGUGGAAUAAUUCGUCAGUUUUCUCAGGUGGGAUCGAUUUGAAAAUAAAGACUAUCUUCACUGCACGUUGUUGUUUCACAAAGCACAACUUUUUUCUUUGCUUAACUUUUUCGUUGAACACUGAGACUGACUCUGGUAUGUUCAACUCUAAAAAAUUAUAGAAGUAGAAUAAUUGAAUGGUAGAGGAAGUACAAGAAGUAAGAACAGCAACAAUCUUGUUCAACAAAGCAGAGAUCCAUGCAGAACCUUAAUGGUAAACAAAAUGGCAUCCUCAUCGUCUUCGAGUUCCGUUCAGGAUGAGAGGACGAAUACAUCUGUCUCCGGCAAGAGAAGCAUCCUCCUCGGAGGCUUCGGUAGCUAUAGACGCUGGGUGGAAGAGCUUGCAACCGUGGAACGGGAAAGCUUGGCGCGAAAGAGCAGAGACUUCAAGAAACAUCUCUCCCGUAAAGCUGCGAUGGCUCAGGUAUAGUUAGGGCUUAGGCUAGUAGAAAGCUGAAUUCCAAUACUCAUUUAUCAGAGCUGUAGUCGACUUACGACUAUCGCAAGAUGUUGAGUUGCAUCAACCUGCAAGAAAUUCUUAUACUCUUGUCUUGCUAGCGCGUCAAUUAUUUAUGUUCAUUUCUCUCACGCUCGCUCUCACAGGUUAAUGUGUGGCUAGUGACAGCGACCCGAAACAACAAUUCCGCGCUACAGCGUUUUGACAUUGUUUUGCGGGACAUGAUAGCGAGCUAUGCGGGUGAUGUUUCCGAACCACUGAACGCGGCAGGGACGCGAGACGCAAUUUCUGCGAUGUCGACGGACCAGCAAAACGACGACAUACGCAGAGCUGUAAGUUACUACCUGGAGCAGGUAACCGAGCGAGCGAGACUGGGACACGACCACUAUGACAUCACUGCGGAAGCAGUUGACGGCGCGCCGCGUAUGCAGUGUGGGGAGCAAGUAGGCCUAGGGAUUAUCGUCCACAGCUUGUGGCUUCGAGGUUAUCGGCGAAUCUCGAAUGCGAGAGGAGAGCACUACCGCGGUGAUUACUUCCGUGUGAAUGGUGCCGUGGCAGUCGGAACGUUUUCCGCGCGUCAGCCGCUGCCGAUCAAAGUGGGAUUUGGCAUGAUGUCAGUAGGCGCGGCUACUGCGGCAGAGUUGCUCGCGGAGCGCGCAGCUGAAACCAACGCAAGGGGGUCUCUGUCUUACGACCGGUACCCAACGAGCAAGGAAAACACCAGAUCGAGCAGAUACGUGGACUUGCUUCAAUCAACUCGAGACCGCGCAGUUCAGCAGAUCCUAGACCAGUUCGACGCCUGCUUAGCACGGGGCGACACGGCGCUUGACAUCACUCCGGAACUUGUGGAACAGCUGCCGAGGCUUCCGAAUGGCAAGACGGUGCCGCUCCAUGCACAAGAAGUAACCGCUAUCAAUCCGAACUUGCCGAAAAUGGCAUGCUCUAUUGUCGGCGGCUUGGCGUCUAGGUCGUUACUUGAAAGCGAUGCGUGCUUCGAUAUCUACGUUCAGGAUGAAAAUCGAUCGUGGAAGCCGUUAUUUCCGACUACCUUUGAUCCGUCUGAGGACGCGCUUGAGCUUCCGUUCCGACUUGUGUUGGAGUUAUCGUAAACACUACUGUCGUGGGAUCGAGUUUUGUAGUGCGUCAAUUGAUUUCGUUGACGAAACCAACUACAGCGGAGUAGCGUCGCAUUUGCAAGUAGUUCUCUUUUCGAUCAAAGCAUAUUCAAUUUUUCGUUCCUGCUCAACAGUGCAGCACUGGAUUUUGAGUACUAGUAUUAAUUACGUGACUGACCAUGCGAUAUAUUUUCUGACUAUCUUCAAUGAGCAAGACUCGCCUACAACUUAACCUGAAAUUUACAAUCUUCAGCCAGUCAGUGUUUGAUCCAAUAAGCCAGUAGCUGGCUAUAAAAGUGGACUUCUGAAUCUCGAAUUAUAUGACCUAGACCUUACUUAUGAGUAUCAGGAGCGUUUUCUUUUGUCCAAAAUAUUUCAACCUGAAGAAUCGGCAAACCUUCAGUAGAAACCGCCACCAGGAGAGGAAAAGUGGCUAUUUACUUUGUGACGAUAUCUCUUGCUAGUGUGUUUUAUUCUCAGUAUUUCCAACGCACUACUUGUACUUGUUCUUGGACUUCUUUCCGACUUCUAUCUAUCUUCAUUGCCAAAAAUAUCGUAAACAGAGCAUUGCUAUCUGAACACGAGCUACCUUCUCUCUCAUUCGUUCCCAGCAACAUUGAUGUUUUUAUUUUGGUUAUCUGAGAUGUCUCUGUUCCAAUUCCAUGCUGUGUAGAACUUGUAUCGAUCAACGAUGCGAAGAUCAAAACGAGGCAUAUUCUCGCUAUCAAUAUCCGAGAUUCCGUCAAUAAGAAUUUCAUGGAAGAAUAGUUUCUCCAUCUGGUGGACAAUACGAAGUCGUUGUGAAGAAGGUGGACAACUCAGUUCCAUGGCAAAAAGCAAAAGAGAGAUCAUAAUCGAAGAUAAAGAUGAUCCUUGAUCUUUUUGUGUUUUG